GUGGUGAACAUUGUUACAGGUGGCGGGUUCAAUUUCGGCUAUCAGCUACUCAUCACAAACCCAGCUCAAUUGGCGUUCAUACAAUUUCUGAACGACUCCUAUGCAGAAACCCACGGUGUACGUGAGGAUCGUGCAACUCUUGAGUUUCUAUGGGGAGUGAUUGUGUCGACGUUUUUCUGGGGAGCUACGGUUGGAGCACUGCUGAUCCAAACGACCGCUGAUCGUCUUGGACGUAAGAAUGGCAUCAUUUUCACCUUCGUCGUACAAAUUAUUGCAGUCGCCCUGGAAAUCUUCAGUUUUUUCGCGAAUAGUUAUAUCGUGUAUUCAGUAGCGCGAAUCGUGCUCGGUGCUGCCAUAAGUAUCUCAUUAGGAAUUGCUCCGAUGUUUAUCAUCGAAUGCAGUCCUGUAGGAUGUCGUGGCAUGAUCUCGAUGGCGACUGGCGUACUGCUCCAACUUGGACUCGUUGUUGGCUCAAUCACUGCCAUGCCGGAGGUUUGGGGUACAGUGGACUCGUGGUGGCUCGUCUAUGGCCUGGAACUGUUCCUUACAAUUUUCAUCACGGUCCUCAUUCUCUUUAUUCCAGAGAGUCCAAGCUUUCUGCUCACGAAAGAUAAGAAACGACUAGCAGAAAAGUCAAUUCUUUUCUAUCAUGGCGUGAGUAAAGCCGAAACUGAGCCGUUGAUGUCGGAUAUGAAGAAAGGUGUCGAAGGAGACAAACCACUUGGACAAAACGUGCUUUGUGGAUUCCUGGUGCGGCAUCGCAUAAUGAUGGACAAGACUAUGCCGGCAGUAGCAGCCGUCAAUGCGUUCGCAUUCGAGAUCCUCCUCAACGUCGGACUUAGCCCGCUUCAUGCAUCACUCGGUAAUUUGGCCAUCUGCGUAAUGGCGGUGCGGAUCGACGCCGACCGCUUCUCCUUUUCAGCCCUUUGUGGAAUUGGCCCUAGUGACACUGUUCUGAUUUCUGGAUUCCAUGUACAUGUUCGGCAGGUCAUAAGGAAGCAAUGGAUUGGAUGGUGCGUGGUGUUGUCGAUUUGUGUUUUCAACCUGGUAUUCGCCACGGGACCUGGACCGCUCUGCUUUUUCGUGCCUGGCGAACUUGUCAGUCACAAAGCUCGAGCCGCCACGUACACAUGGCUGAACAUUGUAAUGAACGGAUUUCGCUCGCUUCUGUUGAUCGUCUAUUUCCCUAUUCAAAUUGCUCUUGGUGGACCUCUGUGCUACUUCCUUCUGUUCUUUCCACCGUGCGCUAUAACUGUAGCGAUUUGCUACUUCUUCUUACCAGAAACUACAGGGUUGACGCCUGAACAGGCACGAGUCGCAUGCAUCGACUUCCUGGCUUCUGUGACAAGGACAUCAAAGAGGAGGUCGAGCAGAAGGAGCUGGUCUCAGACUAGAAAAUUUCCUUCUGUGCCGUUCUUUUCGUUAUGA